GGUACCUGUACCCUUACUCGGGUGGAAGCACUCUUCAUUCUUCAACUCAGCGUAUUCCAUUUUACCAUACUCCUAUUGCAAGAAUGGUGUCAAUGUUAAGGUAUCGUCUUCAAAUCCCAAAGCUCUCUCCUUAUUGUGUUCCCCACUCCGCUCUCCGUCUUUACUUCCCUUCAACUUCAUCCCUACACUCUCACUCUCACUCUCCCUCUCAGCCCCAAUCGCUUGAUGAAGCUGUUGAUUCCUUCACUCGCAUGCUUUCUAAGCGUCCCCCUCCAUCCAUCAUUCAAUUCACCAAGAUUUUGGGAUCUCUUGCCAAGACCAACCAUUUCCCCACCGCCAUUUCCCUUUUUCAGCAAUUGCAAGCCAGGGGAAUCGCUCCCAACUUAUUUACUUUGAAUAUAUUAAUCAAUUGUUGCUGCGGCAUGGGUCGGAUCACUCUCGCUUUCUCUGUAUUCGCCAAGAUUCUCAAGAUGAGUUUUCAGCCUGAUACCAUAACAUUGACUACACUCAUUAAAGGUCUAUUUCUCUGUGGUAAGGUUGAAAAAGCACUCCACCUUCACGACACAAUGCUGGCUCAGGGAUUUCAGUUUAAUCAAGUCACUUAUGCGACGUUGAUCAAUGGGCUCUGUAAGACCGGACACACAUCAGCUGCUAUUCAGGUGCUGAGAAAUAUCCCACGGCAUGGGAUUGUUCCCACUGUCUUCAUGUACAACCCAAUUAUUGAUAGCCUCUGCAAGGUUGCACUUGUAAGUGAUGCUUUUCGUUUAUACUCUGAAAUGCUUGCUAAGGGAAUUUCUCCCAAUGUUAUCACAUACAGUUCUCUCAUUUUUGGAUUGUGUCUUGUGGGUCAAUUUAAGGAAGUCAUUGAUUUGCUAAGUGAUAUGGUGCUUAAAAACAUUACUCCUAAUGUUUAUACCUAUACUACUUUGAUUGAUGGCCUAUGCAAGGAAGGAAAGAUCAAAGAUGCUAAGAGUGUAUUGGCUGUAAUGGCGAAAUCUGGUGUGAAACCAGAUGUGGUUACUUAUAACAGCUUAAUGGAUGGAUAUUGUUUGGUUAAUCAGGUAAAUAAGGCAAAAUAUAUAUUCAACACAAUGCCCCUAAGUAGAGUGUCACUUGAUGUUCUAAGUUACAAUAUCAUGAUUAAUGGCUUGUGCAAAAGUAAAAUGGUCGACGAAGCCUUGAAUCUCUUUGAAGAAAUGCCUCGUAAGUACUUGGUUCCAAACACAGUAACUUACACCACUAUUAUUGAUGGCUUGAGCAAAUCAAAAAGGAUCUGUUGUGCUGUUGAGCUUUUUGAAAAGAUGCUUGAUAGAGGUCAACCUGCUGACAUAGUCACUUACAAUUCCUUGUUGGAUGGGAUGUUUAGUACCAAACAACUUGACAAGGCACUUAUGUUAUUCAAUCGAAUGAAAGAGAGUUGCAUUGAUCCAGAUAUAUAUACAUACAACAUACUUAUAGAUGGCCUGUGCAAAAGUGGAAGAUUUAAAAAUGCAAAAGAGUUUUUUCAAGAUCUUUCCAUUAAAGGCUAUCAUCUGAACACAAGGACAUACAAUAUUAUGAUAAACGGGCUCUGCAACGAGGGCCUACUUGAUGAAGCAUUGGCUUUAAUGUCUGAAAUGGAAGACCAUGGUUGCUCUCCGGAUGCUGUAACUUAUGAAACAACUAUUCGUGCUCUGUUGGGAAAGAGUGAAAAUGAUCAAGCGCUGAAACAUCUUCGUGAAAUGAUUGCUAGAGGCUUAUUGAAAAGGCAAUAGGAGAAAUAAAUCAACUCAAAUUAAUAAAUUUUCUGUUGUUGUGGAAAUUUGUACAGAACUUGGUAAAUUUUAUACCUAUUGAUUUGGAGGAUUUGGGAAAUGCCAUGAACUCACUAUCACCUUGAUUUUGGUUAUCUCACUAUUAUUGAAUUAAUUUCACACUUGUGUUAUCGGCUGAUUUUUUAGUCUCUGUUACCAAUUACCAUGGCUAUCUAGUUUUUUUUAAUAACGGGUGACAUCAAUAUACAGAUGACGUAGGGUGUGCAGUGUGUGAGAUAAGCAGUUUAGCGAGGAUAUGCUCAUUUGGAUAUAACUUUGGAGAUUAUUCCUUCGCUAUCAUACAUUAUGUUUAUCUCCAAAUAUGAACAUAUACUCUACAAUCAUCUAAUCAAUUUGGCACCAAUCAUUUUGCUUCUCGCAUGGACUAAAUUUCAUAUUUCUACCUUGUAGUCCCUUUUUGAUUUCGUAGACAUUCAUGGAGCAGUGAAGUCUGGCACCUAUAGAGUGGUGAGUGUUUCUUUUUCUAUAUUUUCAUUCACUUAUUUAUGCCAUGGGUUUUGACAAUUUUGUCACUAAAGUUGUUCUCUUUGGUCAGCUGUGGUGUUUCAUAUAAAAAUUGAUUAUGUUGUGCUUUUAUUACCAUGAGUUUUAUGAAGGGUGUCUAUAUUAAUUCUUAACUGGAUAUGUUCUAACUGACUUGAAUGAACCUCAAUUUUUU